GAACACACACACACGUGAUUUAAGAUGAAACAAAAGCCCUUUGUGGCUCUUUAACUACAGGUUAACAUUAGGGCAAGACAGAAGCACUCUACAGUUUAAACAUGUGAAGAGAAAAACCUAUCCCGAUAUACAGUAACUGAGGCACUAAAGUACUUGGCAGUUAUGGGAAAUCCCACCGCCUCUAUAUAUGGACAUCCUCUCCCCUCCCAGCGUCCAAGAACCGGUUUCAUUUUCUUGAGAAAAGCUGUUCAUUGUCGGGGCUAAGCAAUGAGAAGCCCCUGCACUCAAGUUUCCAACCAAUGGCAUUUCAAACACAGCGAGUUAAAGAAGCCCAGAGGGUAUAAAAGGGAUUUGGUUAACAAAGAUGUGGUACUGCAGAGUGCAGAGCUUAACAGAGAAAUCAGGAGCUAUGAAGCUGAUGUCAGAAAAUAUCAAGGUUCUUUAUUUUGCCUGUGACUGUGUGGAGCCCUAUGUUGAGAUUAUCACAGUGAAUGACUCCAAGCGCCGCCUGAGUCUGUGUAGCUCGGAGGACUCUGAGGCAGAGGAGCCCGAGUACCAGGACGAAGUUGACGAAGUUCUCCCUGUCCUGGGCGACCACAGCCAGCUGUUGGAUGACCACCACCCAAAGAGACUUGCUCCUCACAUGCCAGCAAGGACCCAGGGCCAUCCAUGGCAACUGGUCUACAGCACAGCCACCCAUGGGAGCAGCCUGAAGACUCUGUACAGGAAUAUGGCUGACCUGGACAGCCCCGUGCUGCUGGUCAUCAAAGACAUGCACAAAAAGGUGUUUGGGGCUUUUUCUUCCGAUCCAUUCAGAGUCAGUAAAUACUGCUAUGGCACAGGAGAAACCUUCCUGUUCAGCUUCAACCCCGACUUCCAGGCAUACAGGUGGAGCGGCGAGAACGACUACUUUGUGAGCGGCAACUUGGAAUCUCUGCAGAUUGGUGGAGGAGGGGGCGGAUUUGGCCUGUGGCUGGAUGCUGAUCUGUACCAUGGUUCAAGCUUUUCCUGUCCCACCUUCCACAACGAGUCUCUCUCCACACAGGAAGACUUCAUUGUACAAGACCUCGAAGUUUGGACUGUGCAGAACUGAGGGAGAAAAUCUGAAAAGACGAGAUGAAAACAAAGAAGGAGCCACCAUCCUGUCUGGAGUUACAAACUUCUAGACUUCAAGGGGCUCGUGUGGUUUAGCCACUACUGUACAAAAUCUGUACGUGGAGCGGCUGCUAUCAUCUGUGCACCCGGCUCAGAGAAGCCCACAUACAGUAUGAAGCCUGUUCUAGUGGUUCUUGGGCUGGACUUUGUGUUCAUGCUGGUUUGGUCUGUGCCUGAUGAAGACAAGUGGCAAGAUGAAAUCCUGUGAUUCAGGGUCCUGCUGCUUUAAACUACUGGCUAUUCAUCAGUAGCCGUGUGCUAAGCCCAGUAAGUAACUGGCAUCUGAAGCUUGGGUUGUUCACAGUAACACUGUUGGAUAAAACGUUUGGAACUGCUGUAAGCACAUUCAGGAUUUAAGGAAAUUGUUUUCUUAAUUUCUGUCUAACAUGAAUGUGAUUGUGAAAUUUUAAAAUGUAUGUUUACAGUAUGUAUCUCUGUGUGUAUAAGUGUGCAUGUGUUCUAUUUGCUUUCAUGGCCCCAAGGUUUAUGAAACAUACUUAGCACAUAGAGGGCCAUGUAAAUCUUUAAGACAGAAAAGGUUAAAUAAUUAAUUCGUGGUAAAAACACUGUACCAUGAUAGGACCCACAAUGGCCUAUCUGGACUCUAAUCGUACAGUUUUUCUUACAUGAGGUCUGGUUUUAAAGUUCUUUAUUUGAAAACUAUAGGGCAGAUGAAGAACUAUCCACUCAGGCUAAAAAUAAAAGUAUAGAGUUGCACUAUAAACAGCUUAUUAUCUGUAAUUUGUGCCGUUUGUGGAGGAAGUGACCUCAACUGUUAACUGUCAUGUCUGUUUUUAGACUCAAGACUCAUGGAAGCAUUUAAAAUCUUUUACAUCUUUUUACUAUUUAUAUAUUUAAAUGCAUUUUAAAGAAUGUAACAGGAAAGCUAAGCCAAAUUUUGUGUUGUUCCUGUUUGUCUGUUUGUUUUGCAUUUCUUUAUAUUUGUGUGUAAACCAGAGUCUACCAGGCGGUGCUGGCACUGCCAAAGUUGUUUUGUGGAACCACAUUAAAACUUUGUCUUUCCUGGUGAAAGACAAAGACUUCAGAGCAUUCCUUUUUUUAUUAUGAAUAAACCCCUUAAAACAACA